AUAGCUCGGAACCCAAGAAGAGACAAGAGGAACAUGAUGAAACAACAUGGAUUUAUCGAGAGCAGUAUCGGAGAGAACGUGAGAGUCACUUCCCAGAAGAAGACUAAAGAUUAAAGAGAGAAUACCAGCUCUCUGACCCAUUCUUUGGACUGGCAUUUGGGUCGGGGGAUGGAAGCAUGGCUCUGCUUCUAUUAUUCUUUUUCUCUUUUCAGUGAUUGCCAAUAGAAAUUGGACAUCAUUAUGGGAUCGGAUUGUGGAGCACCAAAGAUGUUGUCAGACAGGCGCUGAUACUGAUUGCUAUCUUUUUGUCAUAAAUCCACCAUGCUGCUGCUUGCCUCCCAACCUCCUGCUUCUGUAUUCAUCCUUUUCAUGUUAUGUAGGACAUCAAGUUUCUCGAACCUAACAACACUGUUCGUCGAUGGGGUUGGCAGAUAAGGUGGUGUGUUGGGGCCUCCAGAUUCCCAGAUGCUGCAAGCCUUGCAUGCAUAUUCUUAAGGUGGAUGAAUGAUUCCGCUGUAGCAGAGCUCACAUCUUCACUUGGAAAGCUCGAAAUGGGCUGUAACGACGCCUUUGUUGGGCUGGGCUAUCAAUGGGCUCGAGGCCUUCUAGUCGUCCCCGCCUCAACUGGAAGGUCAACGAAGUCAACACGGGGGUAGUGAACAACGCAUGGUUUCUGACCGUUUGACGUCGUAGUGCUUUGACUGCAGCGGCGACGGUCGAAAACAACACGCUUGCGGCCCACAGUAACCAUGGAGUCACAGUUCGAUCGUGUGGAGAGUCUCCGCCUCUGCUCGUGUAUAUAACCCACAGCAGCUCCCACUCAUUCUCCAAAGCAUUCCGAGUUCUUCCUCUCGUACUCUCGAGUGCUUCUUCGACCGCUAAGUGCGUGUUUGCUUAGGUAAAGCGAAGAUGAGCGUGGAAAUGUUGGACGGGUCGACCAUUCGCGAGUUCGUGGAGGACGAAGGCGCCUUCAACGGGUCGGUGGAGGAACGGUUCGCGAGCCUCGACAUGGACCACGACGGCCGGCUCACGUACGCAGAGAUGGCGAAGGAGCUGAUGAGCCUGCGGGUGCGGGAGACCCAUUUCGGCGUGGACGAAACGGGGCCGAGCCGCGACGAGCUCCUGCAACUCCACCUCGGCCUCUUCGGUCGGUUCGAUCGCGACGGCAAUGGGACGGUGGAGUUGGAGGAGUUCCGGGCUGAGAUGAGGGAGGUGCUGAUGGCGGUGGCGAGCGGGCUGGGGUUCCUGCCGGUGCAGAUGGUGGUGGAGGAAGGCAGCUUCCUCAAGCGGGCGGUGGAGAGGGAGACGGCAAAGCUUGUGGCAUGAAUCAAUCCCCUACCAACCUCCUCAUACUCGAGAGUUCGAAACCAAGUCUUGCAGUGUCGGUGUCCUUUUUUUGUUUCUAUCAUCCGGAAUCAUGUCUUCGGAUGAUCCAAUAAAUCGUUGAUUCAUGCAGGUAACAGUGACAGUCGCUUAAAAGGGAACAAAUACAACUGAGUUCUUGUUGUUUCCGUAAGGAAAUUGGCCUUCAUUUUUUAGUGAUAAUUAUAAGAAAGUUGGCUUUACAUCCACCAAAAUGCCAUAUACUUUGACA